AGGAGGGCGUGGCUGUGACGUCAGGGCGGUGACGUCACGGCGAUGGCGGCCCGCUCCAAGGCGGACAUCCGGGAGGAGGUGUGGCGGCACCUGGAGAGCUCCGGCCUGGCCGCCUUCCCGCGGCCCGUGCGCGGCCGCAUCCCCAACUUCCAGGGCUCCUCUCAUGCUGCCACCAGGCUGCUGGGCUUGCAGGAAUUCCGGGCUGCCCAGACUGUGAAAUGCAACCCUGAUGCUCCCCAGAGGAAUGCCCGCUUCCUAACGCUGGAAGCAAGGAAGACUUUGCUGGUUCCCACACCACGUCUGAGGUCUGGGCUGUUCAACAGGAUUGUUCCUCCUCCUGGUGCAACCAAGGAGAUGCUGAGAAGGUGUGCCACAUCUCAGGGUGUAAAAGACUACAGCGUGCCUGUGGGGCUGGAUGGGAAAGCACAAGUGGACUUGGUUGUUGUGGGAUCAGUGGCUGUCUCUGAAAAAGGCUGGAGAAUUGGCAAAGGGGAAGGUUAUGCAGACAUGGAAUAUGCAAUGAUGGUGUCCAUGGGUGCAGUGCAGGAGGACACACCUGUGGUUACCAUCGUGCACGACUGCCAGGUGCUUGACAUAGCAGAGGAGCUCCUGGGUGAUCAUGAUUUAACUGUGGAUUACAUCCUCACUCCAACAAGGAUUAUCCAAACUAACUGCAAACGACCAAAACCUCAGGGAAUACUGUGGCACAAGGUCAGCUCUGAGAUGCUGGGAAAAAUCCCCAUCCUAAAGACUCUUCGAAGCAGGGAGAAGCAGGCUGGCAAGGAUGUCACCCUCCAGGAUGAACAGCCAGCCCUGGCAAACACCAAGAGAGGAACAAUUUCAAACAAGAAGGUGAUGGCUGCAAAUCCCCAAGCACAGGCUGCUCCAGUGGGAGAGCCCCAUGUGGAAAAUGAUCCUGAAAAUCCCAAAUUCGAGGGAUCUGACACAAUUAGCACCGUGUUUGUGGGGAACUUGCCUGGCAGCCUGAGAGUGAGCGAGCUGAAAAGUGCCCUGAGGGAAUUGCAGGUGGUUCCUGUGGGCUUGAAGUGGCAGGGAGCACAGCACAGGGCUUUCCUGCACUACAGGGAUCAGGGAGCUGCACACAGAGCUGUGUCCUCCUUGCAAGGCCUGAGCCUUGGGGGCAAUGCUCUGAGAGUGGAGCUGGCCAAGAGCCACAGGAGCAAAGGGCAAGGAGGAAUCAAUGGUCAUGAAUGAGGAGAAAAAAAAAAAAAAGUGUGUUUUCAUUGUUUUGUGAGAAGCCAACCUGAAGUUUUAAGUUCUUUUUGUAACAUUCAGGUUUAACAAAACUAAAUUUCUGCACAACUUUUCUUGGACAUGCAAAGGUUUGUCCCCACUGGUGACAGAGGAGCCAUUUCUCUGUAAAUAAUUGCUCACAAAGUAGCCACACUCUGCUUUUGGUGCUGUUUGGUGGUUUUGUUAAGCCUGGCUUAAAGCCUUAGCACCUGCAGCAGGGUGGUUCAGUCACUCAUUAAGGUCAGACCUUUUAUACCUGUGAGGGUAAAAGCCAGCAGCAGGAACCUGUCCUAAGGCUGACAGUUCUGUUUACUGAAAAAUGGGCUUUGCCUGUUGGAAGUUUUCAAUUUAUUUUUUAUAAAAAUGAACAGAGAUUUUCCUUUUUGUGCCUUGAAGAGUGGCUGUGGAAACACUGGUUUAGUUUUAGCUCUAGUAAGAGCUGGUGGGAAAGAUGGGAACCUUUUUCUCAGCUUUUUGCUAAAUCAGCCCUUGGUAAACUUUAGGAAAACAAAUCCCAGUUUUCUCUGCUUUUCCCCAAAACUGCUUUUCUGAUGGAUCAAAUAAUCAUAAAAUUACAAUGUUAUAAUUUAGCUAUAUAAUUUUAUAAUUACCUGCUUUUUCUGAUUGUCUCUUCUAAUGGGAUGUGAUUCCGUUGCCUUUGUAAAAUAACAUUAAUAAUAAUAAUUUAUUAUAAUAA